AUGUCUAAGUGCGAUAUGGCGGAGAUACGUUUUACCUACAUUCGUUGUAAGGCCAUCGAUGCAAGUCUUAUCAAUAUUCCGCUUUGCAUAACAAAACCCAUCUCACGUAAUGUUACAGAGACCUCGUUGCAUGUGAGACUUGCUCGGCCUGUAACGAACAUUGUAACGCGCGUACGCUUCAUGAAAAAAUCAUCCGAUUAUUCCUUGUACUUUGGCGAAAAUUCAUACGAUGCUUGCAAAUUCUUGGAUAAUCGGAAAAUCUAUCCAAUCGCCGAUUAUUUAUUUAACAUCAUAGAUGACUAUACGAAUCUCAAUCACUCCUGUCCAUACAAGGGUGAUAUAAUCAUAGACCGUUUUCGCAUACGAAAGGACAAGUUGACUUGGCUGCCCAUGCCAGAGGGUGAAUAUGCGCUCUUCACUUCUUGGAACAUCGAUGGAAAACUACGAGCUGAGUUGAAUUUUUAUUUUAGUUAUAAAUAAAAAUAUGAGUACA